GUUUAAUAUGUUCUGUAAGUUGACUCUCAUCUUCCGGAACCGGCACUCCUUGACUCUUGAACGCUGGCCAUCGAGCAAUGUGGAGGUCACCUGCUAAUAGAUUUCUGAGCGCCGCUGUGCGGUGUGUCUACCGUCGUGCGCUAUCCGCGUUUCUAUCAGCCACACAAAUCUGUCCCCUCGGUCUGUUCACCCGGAUAACGAGACCUUGGCUCAGCAUCAGGAGGAGGGGCUUUCUCGUGGGCAUUUCGCAAGCAUUGGGCGGUGGUAAUCGGCUGAUCCCUAAGCUUUGUUUGCUUCUUACCCAUCUUCGCACCUCUCCGAAUGCGCCCGUCCCAGGCGUCGGCAGUUCUUACUCCAGGAGUGCUCCCAUGCCGUCGCGGCAGAGAGUUAGCAGCAUGUACGUACUGCGUGGUGAAUCAAAAUGCUUCUUACCAUCAUGUGGUCAAUAUAAGCACCACAAUACUGCUGCUUUGAUGACGCCUAGGAUAGUUCUCGAAUUUUAUUGGAAAUCCCAUCUCGAGUGCUUCGAUGGUCUGGAUUGCAGGCCUCCGGCCCUACAUCCCGCAAGCUCAAGUUCUCGAAGAGAAGACUAGGAUUCAGACCUCAUCCAGUACAACACCCUCCACGCAACCCUGUAAUGCCGCUUCACUUCGCUACCAAAUUGAGCGGACUUGGCAGGGUUCAAGCCAUGCACCAACGGCGAUAGCGAAAGGAGGGUGGUUCAGAGCGAUAACGCCCACUCGCAGAGCUCUACACGAGUGCAAACCUCAAG